UUGACAUUUGGCGAGUGGCGACAUUCAAAUAAUAACGACCGCAACAGUUUUAAUUGUCGUAUGGUUUUUGCUAAGAAGUAAACUGUUGUUAUUUUGUAAUAAGGUUCCCGAUUGAUGUACAUUGUGAAAAAUGGAUAAUCAUUUAACGCCUAAUAGAAUACAGAGAUUGAUACAUUUAGCAGAAGACAAAUCGUUUAAUUUGCCCAGACGCAUUGCACAAAGUAGCCAUGACGAUACAAACCGGAGUAUUGCAACGAACCAUACACCCUUCAAUAAAACCAACUGUGAGUCGUCUUCAGGGAUUUUGGACCUAGAGCGUGUUCAAGGUUUUGGCGAAUCCGGCAUUGGAAAUAUGUCUUUGAGUAAAUCGUCUGCUUUUAAUCCCGGAGAGAUGACUGGAAGAUCAACUGGUGCUGAUGACCUUCACAACCCUGCACCAUUGGGAGCGACAAGGCUCUUCGAAGAUUAUGGUCGCCACUCUGUUGCACUGGAUAGCAUUACAAGUCAUAUGGAUAGACAGACUUCGGAGAUAAAUGAUUUGAUGCGACAUUCCAUUGCAACAAAUUACUCAUUUAAUGGUAAGAGAGACUUAACUGCUGAUGAAGCAUCAUUAGUGAUGAGAGAAGCACCUAUGCCUGUUCAACAAAGUACUGAAGUCAACUUUCAGGAUAGCAUAAUGAGUAACUCAAACAUGUCAGUUGGAGCUUACUUCAAGAAUAAGUGCCCAAUGCUGGUAAACAUACUUGGUAAUACAGAUAGUCCAGACAGAUCUAUGAAUCCAAGUAUUACAGAAGUAUCAUCACAUGUGAAUGUGGAGGCCACACCAAAUAAACAAAACAAUACAUACAAAAUAGAUCCCAGUUUGGACAGUGUCCCAGUGAGACAGCCGAAAUCAAUCAAUUUCGAAACCUAUGAUCCUGCCACGAAAAAUACAAAUGAACUUAACUAUGUUGUACCUAAACCCACAGAAAAUAGGAUUAUUUCUUCCUUAAAAUCUGAGAAAAGCAUAUAUAAGGGCCUGGAACCUGAGAUUUCUCUAAAUAAAUCAACAAUGAAAGCAGAAGUAUCAAUUCCUUUGCCUAAGGCUGUAGAUGCCUUGAAAACCAAAGCACAAUCGUCAUUCAAGUUACCAACAGAGGAAACUGAAAGUUCAUUGGAGAAUUCUUUAAGCAUUUCUAAAAUUGCUGACUAUAUUCGCCGACAAUCAAACUUAAGUGUAACAGAUAUGCUGCAACUGAAUAAUCAGAUGAAACAAAUGAACAGAAAACAACCGCUUAGUGAGCUUCAAAUGAACUUAAUUGACAACAAACAGAACAACCAAGAAGUGUAUGUCACAAAUUUAAUAGACUCUAAGAAAAUGGAAACAGCUAGUUCCUCAAGCAGUGUUAAGACAGUUAUAUCUCAAGAUAAAUUAAAAAUACAUGAAAAAAAUGUUCCCUCUGUGAUAAUUACGAAAGACUCUCUCGAUGCAGAAAGUGUAGAAUUAAGGAAUCUUAGAACACCGAGAAUGGCAAGAUCCAAGUCUCCUUCUAGUAAGAGUCAAUCUACCCUCACUACUGUACAUGAAAAUAGAAGCUUUAAAUCUUCAAAUAGUCCAUUACAUUCUAGCAAAGGCGAGGCUAACGCAUCACACAUACCCUCCCCAAAUGUUGUUUAUAAAGAGUUAGAUAAGUCUGUAGAUUGGCACGAAGUAAUGCAACAGAAACAUUUCAAUGAAGAACGCUUUGCUAAAGAGCAAUGGGUUGAAAUUCUAACAAAACCAGUGGAAGGAUAUGUAGGUGUCAGUGAAGCUGUAGUCAUAGAAAUUACAACUUUAACACAGACUUGGUUAACAGCGAAAAUUCAAUUUGAGAGCUUACCGAAUGGAGGGAAAGACUUGACUGUAGAACUACCUAGACAGCCUUUGCUUUUAUCUCCAGGCAAAACAGAAAAAUUCACACUCUAUAUCACAUCUAAUAUAGAAAUUAAUUCAAAUCUUCCCUUUGUGAUCCACUUAAAAGAUGCAUCGAUUGAUGGUGAUUUUGAACAAAAGGGAUGCCUCGAGGUGGAUAUCAAAAUGCCUUCAAUACAAGCUGUGUCAUGUGAUGGUGUGAACAAAAUAUCUUUCCCGCUUAUUCAAGAGAAGACGUCGCUUACGAAAUAUAUCGUUCUCUUGAGCGAUUGCCAGGCCGAUCUGCAAUUGGAACUCUCGAUAAUGACGGGCGACAGUAUGUUUAUGAUAAAGAAUGUUCAGGAAAUAAAAAAGAGUGAUGUGAGCAAGGCGUUGAUGGAACGUCAAGCUUCUAGUGAGGACCAGCAAAAAUCGAAAGGCAAACUCAUUAAUAAAUUGCUGUGCAGAUUGAGUGGGGGCAAUGCAAUUAAAGUGACUAUUAUGUUUAAUUCUCCGAAACUAUCAGAUUUGGGUAUAAUCGACAAAAUGGCGACAUUCAAAGGAUGCCUCAAUGUAAAUCUGAUUGGAGUUAACACAGUGCUGAAGAAAGUGAAUCUGUUGGCUUCAGUUGGAACAGCACACCUAGAAGUGGACACAACCGUUGACAAAAUUGUUAUUUCCUCUGAGCCAACAAGUGUAACAGUGUACAACACCGGAACAAUACCAGGCGCUUGGUUGGUGAUGUUCAAAUGUGUGAAUGGGGACACCAGCAUUCCUUUUAAAGUGUCUGCUAGCAGGAUCGAAGUGCGGCCCGGAGAGUCGAAACAAAUCCAUGUUGUGUAUACUGGACCACAAGAUGUAGCUAAUGAUGGAAAAUUGGUGCUAGAAGAGGUCACAACAUCCACCAAGACUGAAAUAAAUAUAACCGGCGGGUCCGAGAAGCCAAAAUCAUUUCCCAUUAAGACCAACUUCAACAAUAUGUCGUGGGUUCGAGCUGGCAGGAAACAACUUAGUUUGAAGAACGCUACAAAUAAAAAGAUACAAAUUCGCUGCCAAAUUGUAGGGGAUGGAUUUACUAUAGAUUGUCCUGGAUCGGAAUCGAGAGGGACGUAUUUACUGUCGUUUGGGCCUUGCGAAUGUCGACCUCUGCCGAUACUGUUCUCGCCUCCUUCUUGUAUGCCGUUUGCUGCUUCUCUGCACUUGGUUUACGAUAAGAAUAGUGAUUUUUCGAGAAAGGUGAAGCUGCACGGGUGCGCGGCGGAGGGCGAGGGCGUGCGCUGGAGCGGCGCGCUCGUGACGUACGGCGAGACGGCGCUCGUGCGCGCCGCGCGCCGCCGCCCCGUCGACCUCGCGCUCUACAACCGCGCCGCCGCGCCCGCCUUCGUCGCCGUCUCGGUGCACUUCAACCUGCAAUACCGGAGCCUGGCGGAGGACGCGGAGUUGGUGGGCGCGCGGCGCGUGGUGGGGCGGCGCGCGGCGCACGCGGUGAGCCUGCGCGUGCGCUGGCCGCGCGUGGAGCGGCGCGCGCCGCCCGCGCGCUCCACCGCGCUCGCCUCGCUCACCGUGCUCGCGGGGCCCGAGCUCACCAGGCGAAGGAUACUCAAAAUUCUACGUGACGAGGGAAAUGGCCAACUAGAUACAUCUCUAUUGCCUGAUCGUGUGAAAGUGCUAGCAGAAGAAUUCGAGGGCGAAGAUCCGUCAAUGGACAACUAUUUGGAAAGCUUCAGCGAGACUAAGGCAUCCCUAAACGAACUUAUAGAGAGCCUUCAAGAAUUAACGGCACAAAUUGAUCUCCCACAAGAUUUUUCUGAAGAUAACACAAUAUUGAUCAGUGAUGACACCAUGAUUGAUCAUCAUACUCUCUGUGAAUAAUUAUUAUGAUAUACUUAUUAGACUAUUUCCUUGUACUUAUUUAUUUUUAAGUAAUAAUAAGAGACUGAGUUAUGUAAAAGCUGAUUUUGUUAAAGUAAGGGUGGCCGGUUGUCUGAAGAAAUUUCUCAAAAUUGAUAAUAUAAUCAAAUAUUGUCUCAUAUUAUACAAAAUAAAAGGAAAAAGAAGUCAAUAUAUUCUUUCUGUGUCAUGUAUUAAAAAUCAGCCUAUUCUAUUUAAGAUUAUUUAAAGAAUGUUAUAGCGAUUAUUAAUAAUUUUGUAACCGUAAUUUUAGCUUGAUAGAUAAUAAACACACUAUAAAAU